GUGCGAGCGCUGCGCGCGUGCGCCCAGAGAAGCAGGCAGGGUGAGGGGCUGUACCCAGGGUCUGAGAAGCGGAAGUGUAAGGGGCAAGGGUCCUGCCUUCUAGUGCCCCCACACUUGGAGUGCGCGAUGAGGGCGAAGGGGGAGUUGGGGUCGCGGGGGAAGCUGCCGCCCGGAUCCGGGCCUGGGUGCGGUUGACUUGUCUGUGUAUGUGUCCAGGGAGACAUGGAAUACUGCCUGGCGGCCGCGGCGCUGAACGCGGUGGACCGGCGCUCGCUACAGCGCUCUGCUCGGCUCGGGAGGGAAGUAUUGGAGCGCGCCAAGAGAAGGGCUGUGGACUGGCAUUCUCCAGAGCGAUCCAGAGGCUGCGUGGGGGUCCUUUACGGCCAGGACCCCUACCAGGAACGAUGGUCGGUCCCGGGUCCCCAGAGCCUCCUAGGAGAGAGAGAAGAAAGGCGCCCAACCCUUAGUACUUCCUUCAGGACAAUGGCAGAAUUCAUGGACUAUACUUCAAGUCAGUGUGGGAAAUACUACUUGUCUACACCGGAGGAAGGAGGGGCAACCCACGUCUACCGUUAUCACAGAAGGAAGCCUGCAGAAGUGCACGUGUGCUCAGACUCGGGGCACAGGGAAGCGCAAGUGCGUGCCCGAUGUUCCCCACAGCACCUGCCUUGUCUCAAGAGAAACUGCAGAGGAGAGACAUCUGUUGGUCCAGGAAGCAUCUAUCAAACAUCAGAGCAUUCUCAAGAGUCAUCUUGGCCUAUUGAGAACAUCUCUAAGGACCUCUACAUAGAAGUCUAUCCAGGGACCUAUUCUGUCACUGUGGGCUCAGGUGCCUUAAGCAAGAAGACGCAUGUGGUUGCAGUUGACUCGGGGCAAAGUGUGGACUUGGUGUUCCCCGUAUGAUGUUGACAUCACUGCCAUCAUUUCACUCUAAGAAGAAGAAUAAAACCACCCUAUAACUGUCUUAAUAAUGAUGCAUUAAUCCUGGGUUUAAUGCUGGCUGUAGUGGGGCAGCCUUUCUGAACUGGAGUCUGUCUCUUUCAAGCUCAUUUUAACCUGAAGUUUUAGAAGUCCCCCAUGCUGUGUGCCCAAAAACAGUAACGUAAUGGUGCUGUCUGAACAGCCUUUCCAAGUACAUGUUAAUUAUGGUAAUGAAGGGAGAGAUUAGAAAUAAAAAUAAUUCACUUUAUUGGUAUUAAAAAGAAAGAAAGAUAGACUGGUGAGAUGGCUCAGUGGUUAAGAGCACUGACUACUCUUCCAGAGGUCCUGAGUUCAAAUCCCAGCAACCACAUGGUGAUUCACAACCAUCUGUAAUGGGAUCCAAUGCCCUCUUCUGGUGUGUCUGAAGACAGCUACAGUGUACUUGUAUAUAAUAAGUAAAUCUUUAAAAAAAAGCAGAUAGACAGUGUUUCCCAUCUAUAGCUGUAGGCUUUAUAAGAAGACAGUACAAAUGAGAUGCCUUUGCCCAGAGCAGUGGGCAUGCCUGUCCCUCUGUGAAUAGGUGUCCUGAGCAGUUCCUCAGGGCAUUGGCCAGGAGUUCUAAGGCAUGGCCACCCAUUUGUGUGCAGGCACAGCACGUUCUUCCAGAUGCCGCUUUCCUGCAGGUCUCCGCAGAGCGGUUGCUCUUAGGUACUCUUGUGCGCCACCACUCAGCCUCCUCUGUUCCUUUGUCAACUAUUCUUUGGGGUUACUCUUUUCAUGAUCCUUUAACUUCCUGUAAGAGAAAAAAACCUUAAUUCAUAUAUGCUGACUGUAAUUUUAAAGAUUUUUGCUUUGUGUUUUA